GUAAGCUAGUUAUUGUUGAAUUAUAUGUAGCUCUCAUCUGUCAUAUGUACCUGAAUCAAUGAUACCCCAUUCGAUCUCUUUCCAAAAGAGAAAACCAACUAACAUCGAUUUAAAAAUCCUUACAUCAAGAAUGCGCGACCUCGUUACAUUCACGCAUAGAUGAUUUCUCAUGUACCUCGAACAAUUAAUGAUAAAAAGGGCAGCCGAACAACCUAUUUUUCCUCGGUGCAGGGUGAUUCUGGUACAGGCGGUGGGAAUCCUGGUUUGUGUUAAAUCCUUGGAGUUUGUAUAUUGUGUUUUAAUGGUAUUUAGAAAUUUGAGUGGUAGGUGAAGUUGCAGGAACAGGCAGACAUACCCAUAUGAUUUGAUGUUGUGUUGAAUGAAAAGAUUGAAGGUGGAAAAAAAUGGCGUCUUGGUCAUGGGCAGUGGUGUUGGCAGUGGGAGUGGUGAUAUACGGAAUGGUGGGGGAAGUGGCUCACAGGAGAAUACUCAUGAAGCAUGUCGAACCCUUGCCCGCUGAUGCGCCUCCUGAUCGAUUCUCGGAGGGGAGAGCCAUGCACCACCUCUCCCGCCUCGUCCAAGACAUCGGCAUUCGACAGGAGGGGAGCCCCGGCCUCGAGCAAGCUGCUGUCUACAUCCGCGACCAGCUCCUCCAACUCGCCACCCACGCCUCCUCCAACGUUAGUAUUGAAGUGGACGACGCAUUUGUGAGUGGCUCUUUCAACAUGAUAUUCUUGCGCCACAGCAUAUCUCUGGCAUACAGAAACCAUAGAAACAUUCUAGUAAGGAUUGCUUCAGCUUAUGCAAAGAAUGAUGAUGCAACAGUUCUUAUCAAUGGUCAUUAUGACAGUCCAUUGGGAUCCCCUGGAGCUGGUGACUGUGGCUCAUGUAUAGCAUCAAUGUUGGAAGUAGCACGCCUCAUUAUUGAUUCUGGAUGGGUGCCGCCCCAUCCUAUCAUUUUUCUUUUUAAUGGUGCAGAAGAGCUUUUUCUCUUGGCAUCUCAUGGAUUUAUGACCACACAUAAAUGGCGGGCCACAGUUGGAGCCUUUAUCAAUAUUGAAGCAACAGGCACAGGAGGUCUUGAUUUGGUUUGCCAAUCUGGUCCUGGAUCAUGGCCUUCUUGGGUUUAUGCCAAGUCAGCAGUUUAUCCAAUGGCACACAGUGCAGCACAGGAUAUUUUCCCCAUGAUUCCUGGGGAUACAGAUUAUCGAAUAUUUGCUGAAGACUAUGGGGACAUCCCAGGAUUGGAUAUCAUAUUCCUUAUUGGAGGCUAUUUUUAUCACACUUCAUAUGACAGGAUUGAAAAUAUUUUACCUGGAAGCAUACAAGCUCGGGGAGAGAACUUAUUUAGUGUACUGAAGGCACUUGCUAGUUCUUCAGAGCUACAAAAUGCCCAGCAAAGAGCCGAUAAAACAUUUGUAGCAAAUGGCACCCUUGGGGAUCGACCAAUUUUUUUUGACUACCUGUCCUGGUUUAUGGUCUUUUAUUCAAAGGAAACUUCCAUGAUAUUACAUCUCUUACCUAUGGUAAUUGUUCUUGUUGCUCUCUUGUUUCCUAUGUCCUCCAAACUCAGUAAUCUCUCCAGGCUCACAAGGCUUUGGUAUACAAUAAAAGGUAUGGCUUUACAUGCUGCAGGUCUUGUUUUGGCAGUAAUUGUACCAGCAGUGCUUGCUUUCUUGAGAUUGCUAGUUUCAAAUUCAGCCAUGGUCUGGUAUGCUCAUCCUUCGUUGGCACUGUUUAUGUUUGUGCCGGGGGCUCUUCUUGGUUUAUUGUUACCAAAGGCUGUUUUGGGAUGGUCGUUAGCCAAUGAUCUUUCAGCCAUCAGUAAAACUUCUAAUGAGGAGGCAUUAGAUUGGAUGAGCCAUUGGGGUUCUGUUGCAUGCUAUUCUUCAUUAACACUAGUUUAUUUAUAUGCUGGAUUGGGUGGAGGAUUUUUGACAUUUUGGUGGGCAGUGUUUCUGAUUUUAUCAUGGCCAAUGUUUUGCUUCUGCGUCCAAAUUUUUGGUCGGCAGUCGGUCAAGUCACUCUUGGGCUAUGCUAUUCCUCUUAUUGUGCCCAUUGCUUUUUCUGUCUAUUUUGGUGGAGUUUGUCUCCAAUUUCUUAUUGAGAAGAUGGGAAUGUUUGGCUCUGUUCCACAGCCCUAUGGUUAUUUUGUUUCAGAUAUUAUGAUUGCCUGUGUGACUGGAGUUGUUGUUGGGUGGUGUGUUGGUCCAUUGUUAACCAUUGCUGGAAGCUGGUUAGCACAAUCUGUACCAAUGCAAUUUCUACUGCAUUUUAGUGUGGUUGCAAUGGCCUUGUCUUCUCAAUUUUUCCCUUACAGUGUUGAUGCUCCGAAGAGGGUUGUGCUUCAACACAGCUUCAAAACUACUGGAGGUAAUGCAAUUUUAGACAUCAGUUACAAUUUGGCAGUUCUUGACGCCAAUAAUUUUGAUUUCCUUUUCAAAAAUGUUCCUGAAGUAGCAGAGGAGUUGAGUAUGGGCUCAAUGUUUAAUAAAGAAUCAGCAAAUUAUUCUAAUGAAGGAGUAUGGAUGGCAUUGUACCCGAUUUCUGAAUUAUUUACGAGCAGAUUGAGUUAUCCUGCAGCAGGAAAAGAUAUUUUUGUACACUAUCCUUCUUUACCACACCUAUUCAUGACUGAGGAUACCAAACUAUUCAGCUCUCAGUUUCGGAGGAUCCAUUUGGAGCUUGACUUAGGUUCUCUCCAAGAGGUCUGGGUUGCAGUUCUUAAUAUCACAGGCCCUUUGUCUAGUUGGUCUUUUUCUGAGAACCAACUCCCAGUUCCUGAACAAGUAAAUGGUGGGCCUCCCUCAUAUAUAUUGCGAUUAAGUGGUAGUAGCUAUGAGAAUUGGAAUUUUUGGCUUGAGGCAAAUAGUUCUGAAGCUCUAAACAUUGAUCUUGCUGUCUUAGAUCAAUAUCUUGACAAACAGACAUUGAAGUUGAAAGGAUGCUUUCCUUCUUGGGUUGAUGUUACUGUGUAUUCAAGCUUUUUGUCAAGCUAUGCAUUUUAAAUUAUUUUCCAAUUGGAAAAUUUAUACAUUUAUUUUUUAUAAUUUGAUAUUUGUUCACUCCUAUAUGGCUUUGAGAGGACAAGUUACACAAGCUUAAAUUUGUCCUUUCUUCUAGUCAUUUGACAGAAAAAUCACAAAUGUAUAUUACAUGCGGGAAAUUUUAAAUUUUUUUGAAAUUUGUUAUUCACAGUUGACGAUAAUUAUAAAUUCACAAGUUGAUGCACUUAUUGAACAAUGCU